UUUCAGUCUUUUUCGCUUCUUGGAGGCUUCUUGUCUAAUUGCUUCCUUUUCCGUUUUGUGCGUGUGUGUAGAAACAUGCCGUUAGCUAAAGAUUUAUUGCAUCCGACGAUUGCGGAGGAGAAGAGACGUCACAAGCUAAAGCGUCUUGUGCAGCAUCCAAAUUCUUAUUUUAUGGAUGUCAAAUGUCCGGGUUGUUAUAAAAUUACAACAGUUUUUAGCCAUGCACAAAGUGUAGUUGUAUGUGCUGGAUGUUCAACAAUAUUAUGCCAACCAACAGGAGGUCGUGCUCGUCUGACUGAAGGAUGUUCGUUCAGGAGGAAACAACAUUAAUUUAAGUUAUUUCCUACUUUGUUUAUAAGAUGUAAAAGUUAAAUUGCCUUGUAGAUUUUUUUAAAAUUCUAAUAAAGGCAAAUUUGAAAUAUUGUUUUAUUUUUUACAUUAAUUAUAUAAACAAUACUUAUUAUAGACCCAUUUCUUACUUUAUCACACUCAAAAGUAUGUAAAGAACUAAUUUAAUAAAUCGGGCUGAAAAAAGG